CUAUCAUUUAUGAAUGACUCACUAGACUCUACGCAACACUUCACUCUCUUCUCUGCCCUUGCUUUCCUAACCCAACUUUUGAAUCAUAAAUCACAAACUCUAUUCCUUCCCUUUCCUCCCCCCUCUCUCUCUAAUACAUGAUCAAUAGAACAAAAAAAAAAAAAUCACUUUUCAUUCCUUUGUACCCCAAAUUUCACAAAACUUCUUCUACUUCAAAUCAAGAGAGUACUCUUGUUGAGUUUGUUUGGUUCUUCAUUUUAGAAUUUAUCCUUUUUUAACCUGUUGUGUGUGUGAUGAUGGCUCAAAAGUACUUACACGAGCUACUAAAACAAGAUCAAGAACCAUUCCUUCUUAACAAAUACAUUUCAGAUAAACGCAACCAAAUCAAAAAAACCACUCCUUUUUCAAACACAAUUUUACAACAACACAAAAAACCAAUUCAAAAUUCGAACUUCCACAUAAAUCUCUGUAAAAACACUUCUUGUUUUUUCUCAUUUCCAGAAACACCAGAGUUCAGAAAAUCACCACUUUUUGAACUAACUUCCCCAGCUAAUAAAACCCCUUCUUCUCGAACAGCAACACUUCUUCUAGAAGCUGCUCUUAGGAUCCAUAAACAUUCAUCUUCUUCCAAAACAAAAACCAAAGGGUUUGGAUUAUUUGGGUCUUUAUUCAAGAGACUCACGCAACGAAACCAGAACCGGAAACGCCAAAUAGAAGGUCAAAAUGUGUCUGUAAAGGAUAUAUUGAAAUGGGAUUCGUCUAAAAAUUUGGAUUAUGAGAAGAAAAACAACAACAUGGUUAAUGAUACUGAGGUUGGGUUUGUUUGGUCGGAGGAUAAAUCAUUGGAAAUGGAAACUUCGUGUAGUGGUUACUCUUUUGUUACUGAUCAAGAAGCUUGUGGUUGUUAUCACUGUGCUUUCUCUGAAAGCCCUUUCCGUUUUGUUCUUCAAACGACUUCUUGCUCCGGCACCCACACGCCGGAGCUGGCAUCGCCGGCGCGUCAUAAAACAGAGGACAAAGAAAGUAAUGGAGCUGAGGAUCUCAAUAAAUUAAAGUCAGGGGAAGAAGAGGAAGAAGAUAAGGAACAAUGUAGUCCGGUCUGUGUUUUAGACCCACCAUUCGAGGACGAUGACGAAGGACAUAUAAAUGAUGACGAUGAAGAUGAAGAUGGUGGUGAUUUUGAUUUGGAGAGAAGCUAUGCAAUUGUACAGAGAGCAAGACAGCAAAUUUUGUACAAGCUUCGCAGAUUUGAGAAACUCGCAGAGUUGGAUCCGAUAGAGCUUGAGAAAAGAAUGCUGGAUCAAGAAGAGGAAGAGGAUGAAACAUACAUGGAAGAGGAUGAUGAAGAAGAAAUGGAAGUAUCAUCAUGUAAAGAAAAGGAUUUCAAAGAACUUGUUUUUGAAGCUGUUUAUCUGUCAAUGGUUCAUGAGAGACAACAAAUCCCACAAGAGUUAAAGAAACUGAUAUAUGAUGUUGUUGUGGAAGAAGAGAGAGAAUUUAAUAAUUCAUUAGAAGACAUGGAAAUGGUGAUAAAAAAGAUAUGCAAGAGGCUUGAAUCAUGGAAAGAAGUGGAGCCUAACACAAUUGAUAUGAUGAUAAAAGAGGAUUUCUUUAUAGAGGAUGAAGGGUGGAAGAAAAAUGUAGAGCAAGUAAGAAAUAUGGCUGGAGAGGUUGAAUUUGCUAUCUUUAGCAUUCUAGUGGAGGAAUUUUCAGAGGAAUUAGUAUGUUCAUGUGUGUAAGUUUUGAAACUAAGUAUGAAUGGAUGAUUAUCUUUAUUCUUUUUCUUUGUAGGGUAUAGUCUGACAUGGAAUGUAUUGGGAUAGGAUAGUUAAAAAAGAAAAAAGAAAAGUGACCCAAGAAUAUAAUUUGGGUUUUAUGUACAUGAUGACUUGGUGUUUUGAGCUAGAAUGUGGAGAUAUUGUGAGUCUCAUUUGCUUCAUUAA